AUGUCAGCUGCACGCUACUGUAUCGAUGUCAAUACCAACAUCUACACGAGCUUGUCAACACACGGUGCCGUUUAUUCACCCGGAGGUGGUGGCGUUUAUGGAGAUGCGUCACCGAAGGAUGCUGGUGGGGAUCCAGUGUUUGCUGUGCUGCCGAGCCAGGACGUCAAUCCGGACUACUAUACGACGCAGACGGUGUAUGGAUUUCUCGAUUUUACCACCACCAUCGGCAAUACGGUGAUGAUAUUUUCACCACAAAGUGCCGCACCGGUUGUGACAGAACCACCAAAAACGACGGCUCCACCACCGCCAGUCAUUGAGACGACUCCAACCACCACCACUACCACAGAGGAAGUGGUUCGAGAGAUUAAGCCGAGCAAAACGGUCGUACUGCCGGUACAGCCGAAAGAGAAGGUCAGCAUCGUGCAGGUACUACCGGAAACUCCAAAACCUCCUACAGUGAAACCGAUCGGCCCACUCAAGUUCGUCCCAAAAGCCGUUCCGAAGGUUGCUAUAAAACCGAUCCUAAAACCCAAACCGAAAAUCGUCGAAGUGGCUCCAGUUAAGGCAGAAACCGUGCCGCAACAGGAACAACCUCAACCGGAUCGGUUUAUCGUUAAGCCAGUUCCAAAAUCUGUUAUCAUUAAACCAGUAGCACCACUGGUGAAGGUGGUAGCCACGAAAGUGGAACCGUCGACAACGACGACUGAGUCGUCUCCCGAAAUUGAGUCAGAAGAGGAACAGUCGGAAGAGUUUGAACCAGAUCAGGAACAGGAACAGGAACCACAGGAGGAAGAGGAGCAUGAGGAGGUACAUGACGAGGAAGACGAUGAGGAAGAAGAGGAACCAAAAGAUCAGCAGGAGCCGCAGGAAGUGAAUCCGAUCGCGAAGGUAGUGGAGACUCUAGAAUCGAUUGAACCGGUACAGGAGACGGAGAAACCCAAGGCGCUCGUUGUUGAGGCUGUCAAACCAGUGACUGCCGCGACUGUUACAACGACGACAGAGGAACCUGUGGCAGUGGUAGCUGCUGCCGAGGAUCAGCACGAAGAGCACUCGCCGAUAAUGUUCUCCAACAUUUCGGAAGAUGAAGUGAAACCUGCUGCUGAGGUGAAGAAUGUCCAGAGCGAGAGUAGUACUCCGGUGGCUGUAGCUGCAGAACAUCAGCGCAAUGAAGAAGCCCCGGAAGAGGAAACCAACGCCGACGAGGACGAAGAUGAGGAGGAAGAGGAAGACGACGAUCCAGUACCAGUGUUGCAGAUUGGCAACAACAUCGGUGAACCGGAGUACGAUUUUCUUUCGCGCCAACCAUCCGAGUUCGUGGAAGAAACGUUCCGCGUCGUCAAUUUGCGGCCAACGGCAGCGGGUUCGCAACCAGCAGGCGCCACCGCCCAAGCAGCAGCACCGCGCGAGAAGUCGGCCAAACCGAAGCGAGGUAAUAAGGGCAGAACCCAUCCAACCGGCCUGGUGACGACGCUCGGUGGCACCGUGGUUAAGGAGGGCGUUACCACCGUCCACGAGACCAGCGUGAUCGGCACCUACAUUUCAGGAAAGUAUGCGCAGGUCCUACAAAGCACCUCUCAUGUCAUUCAAGGUAACCAAGGUGGAGCGGCAGCGAACGGCAACGGUGCAGCGGGGGCCAAUCAGGCCGCCGAUGGCCGACGGCCCAAGCUGAACCCGAGCUCAACGCUGCGCAUCCUGAAGACGGCGGCACCGGCACUCAACAAGACGCCACGGUACAGCCCGGAGGCGGCAUCGAUCAUUACGCCGUCGCCAGCAACGCAUGCGCUCGAGGAUACCGGGCUGCCGCUGGAGAACCUGUUCGCCAGCCAGCCUAGCUCGAGCUUGGUGCGACCGUCUCGCCGUCUACCCGGUAGCGCUAGCGGUAACUUCAAGAACCGUCUGAAGAACCGCAUCACCAAGGACGAGAACGAUCUGCAGGAGCAGGGUGGUGAUAGCGAGGUCGUUACUCCGCAAGCCACUGUGACGCCUCAGCCCACCUACGGCAAGAAACCGGGCAACCGUUACCGCAACACACAAAUCGUUAAGCCCGUCGGCAAGAAUACAAGAUUUAACCGUUACUCUACAUCUAGCGUGGAGGUGGCCACGGUAUCCGUUUAUAGUGAGCCGAAUCCGACGCCCGGCUCGGGCUAUCAGAACCGGCGCAAUAAAUCCUCACGUAACGGUUUCAAACCAACAUCAUCCCACAGCGUGUCGACGGUACAGCAGCAGCAACAGGAUGCGGCGACCAGGCGAUCGUUCAAACCGAAACCACAGCCGUCCGCUCCGCAGGAUCAGGAACCGGGUCAGACCACCAGUUUGUACAAAUUUAAGCUGAACCGAUCGCCGGGCCGCUGGCAGUACAAGUCGCCCGCUAAGCCGACGGUUGCGAUCAGGAAGCAGAGCGCGGUCAAGCCCAAGGAUCAGGUACUGGAAAAUCUCACGACCGCACCGAUUUCCGACACAUCCGUACAGUAUAAUGAUAUUGCGCAGUCGCCCGAACAUGCGGAAAAGGUGGACACGGAUGCGGACCUGGACCAGUCCGGCUCGGUGCAUGGGAAUGUGCUGAAUGAUGCGGAGAACGACAACCAGAUCGAGCGCCGCUACCCGAUCGAGACGCUGAAGGUGGAGAUAUCGACGCCAGCGGAUUUUCGUGAUACGUACUACGAGAUUGCGACCAUUAAGUCACCAUACACCUUCCAGGUGGGAACAGUAAAGAACACACGCUACAUUACGGUUACCUCAACGAUCGAGAAGGUUUUAGAGCAGGAGACGGCCACCAUCACACCUUCGCUGACGGAACCAUUGACCGAAAACAUUUUGGCCACUACGACGCACAUCGAUAAGGAGAGUAAUCUGCUGGACUCGAGCAUUGCCACACUGCCACCGAUUGCGCUCGGCAUUGACACGGAAACACCUCCCCUUGAGACGCUGACGGAAACAUUCAGCACUACGCAGGCAAUGCUUAAGACGCACAUUUUACCCGUGAUUCGAGACGGUGACACCACGAGCUACACGCUCAUCCAGACGUACCAUGUCACGCGCCUGGUGACCGCCACCAAGACACUACCCCCGAUGGAGUUGUAUCACUUCGUACCGUCGCGUACACUGAACGAGUUCAAUAGCCGAUUGGACGAGGCUGGUUCGGAGCUUCAUCUGGAGCUGGAGUUUGGUGAUGAUAACGAGAACGAUGACGAAGAUAAGCCUAAGCGCGAACGACUACCUUCGGAUUUGGAUCUCUCGAGCAUCGGAUCCGAUUUUGAUCUGUCCGAGGUGGACAAGACAAACAUCCCGGAAAAUAUCCGACCGAAGAAGAAGAUCUCGGGAAGCAAUAAGGAGAACCGAGUUACCACCGAGGCACCUGUUACGACACCUGCUCUGACGCCCGAUCAGUUACAGCAACUUGCGCUUCUUCGUCUGCUCAAUCCGGCCGCUGCCGCUCAGAUUCCCUCGGUAAUAACCUCCUCCAAACCGGUGAUCAAGCUCGAAACCGUAUAUGAAUCGCAUGUACUCCCCAUCAUCAAUGGAGCGAACACGAUCCUAAGCACAAUUUCUCGCCCAAUCGGAACAAUCACCAAAACCAGCUACGAAGUUGUAACAACUACACUGCCUACUCUCCCAAUACCACCAAUCCCGCAACUGAACCCACUGCUGAUCCAGCAGCAGCAACAGCAGCAGCAGCAGCAACAGUUGCAGAUCCAAUCGACACCAGUCGUCACGCAGACGAUCGUCACCGAGACGAACAGUAAGGUGUUGAAGCUAACGUUCGGCGCCAAGACGGCCUAUACUACACUCUACUCGACGACAGUUGUCCCGACGGUGCUGACCACCUACCUUACCCAGUCGGUGUCCGUGCAACCAACGGCAGCCGCUGCAUUCCCCGGGUUCUUCCCGAAUCCUUACGCACCGUUCCCGUUCGUCGGCUAA